AUGGGUGGGCAAAGUCAGCGACCGGCGGUCCCUCCUUCGGGGAAGGGGCUUGAGCGGACCGACAAUGGCAUGAAGCAAACCAGCUGGCCCGAUGUGAUCCCGAUUAACCAAAAAAACUACUAUACGGAUUAUAUGAAGCGCGAUGACCAGUUCCUCUCCUUCCGACUGCAAAAUGAGGCGAAUAGGGACCGACUAGUUCAGACCGCAAAAGACCGAGACCGUGCCAUGAACACCGCUAAUGCCAACGGCGAAGUCCCUCUUCCCGUCGACGACCUUCAGGGGGAGGAAGGGCCGGCCCCUUCAUCGACCUUCAUGGACCCUUCCAAGAUUAUCGUAAUACACCCAGGGAGCCAGAACCUGCGCAUCGGGUUUGCCAGCGACGCCCUCCCAAAGACGGUCCCCAUGACCCUCGCCACCAAGUACCCCCAGACCGAAUCCGAGAUACACGAGGCCCUACCACGGCGCCAAUUCGAGGCCAGGACAGUGGACCAACAAUAUGGGGAGGAGUGGUCCAAGAAAUACCAAAAGAUGUCUAAUGAUCUCAAAGUCGACAUGCGCGCCAACAAGCGCAAGGUGCUUCCGAACUCGAAAGACUUGGUAGUCAACUUCAACCGCCGGACCGAGCCCGAGGUCAUCUCCCAACACAACGACCCUCUGCAGAUUGAGUGGACGGAUAUUGAGGCUCCCCGGGAAACCGAAUCGACCUCAUCUGUCUUCAUCGGGCAACAAGCCCUGCGCGUCCCGGAUGACUCAGAUCCCAAGUUCAGGCUAUGGUGGCCGAUCCAGCAUGGUUGGCUGAACGAGGACGACUACCCGUCAAGGGCGCAACUGUUCAACGAUCUCGAGACUCUACUGGACCGAACCUUUCGGUGGGAGCUGGGCCUCAAGCGGAAGGCCGAUUGGAAGCAGUACAGCUGUGUCAUCAUCAUCCCGGACCUCUACGACAAGCGCUACGUCGAGCUGCUGUUGCACCUUUGCAUCGAGCUCUUCGAAUUCAGCCGCGUCUCUUUCAUCCAGGAGAGCAUGGGCGCGACGUUCGGGGCGGGAUACACACAGGCCUGCGUAGUCGACGUCGGUGCGCAAAAGACGUCCAUCGCCUGCGUGGAGGACGGUCUCUGCAUCGAGGACUCGAGGAUCAACCUCAAGUUUGGUGGGUUCGACGUCACCGAGACCUUCAUCAAGAUGAUGCUCUACGACAGCUUCCCCUACCAGGAGAUUAACCUUCGUGCGAACGAAAGCGCCAACAUCUCGGUCCAGAACUUUCGAUUUCCACCUACGCGCCCCAAAUCAUGCCGAGACGCAAAUAUCAUUUCAAGGUUCUACGACGAAGUGAUCCUCUCGCCCAUGGGGUUUUAUGACCCGCCUACAUUUGACAAUUCCACCAAGCUUCGUGGUCGACGGAAAUUAAUCGACUGCUCUUAUAACGCCUACGACGUGGAAGUCCCUGACGACCCGGCGUCGGCCGCCCAACUCGCGAUCCUCGCUCUUAUUCAACCGUCGGUUACUUCGACCACAACAACAGCAACAGCGGGUGCCAGCUUUGCCGGUGCACCAGACAUGGCGACUCCCAGCAAAGAGCGCACCCAGCCCUUCAACUUCCUCUCCCAGAACGGCAAUGCCACUGGCACACCCGGCACCUCCAAAGCCCCGUCUCCAGCCCCCGACGGCGCCAGCACUCCCGUGCCGGCCCCGUACGUCUUCGGCUCCUCCCGCGACCUCAACGGCAGCCCGGCGCCGAGCGCGCGCAACGGUGGCACACCCGCCCCGCCGAACGGCACUUCCGUCCUACCGGGUACCUCCUUCGACGGCCCGGCGCAGCCACAGGUGCAGCAGCGGUUCGGCCAAGUCGCUGGCGAUCGAGCGCGACUCGCCAAGGGCGACGAUAAGAAGGUCAAGGAGCUGCUGGGCAGCAUCAUGGUGGUGGGCGGCGGCGCCAAGAUUCCGCACUUUGCGCCCUUCCUCGAGGAGAAGCUCAAGCUGCGCCGCCCCGACCUCGCCGACCGCAUCCUGGUCAGCCGCAGCGCCCGCGAAAUGGACGAGCAGGUCGUCGUGUGGAAGGGCGCUAGCGUGUUUGCCAAGCUAUCGACGAACGACUCGUGGAUUUCCGGGUUUGAGUAUAAGAUGCUCGGGGGCAGGGUCGUGUAUCAUAAGGUGCUUUGA